CUCGUCUCUCAUUGGUAGGUUGUCAUUCUGUUUGGGUGCAGUAGCUGUAAAAAUGGCAACUGAUACAGGGAGAUACCGGAGUGCAGUUAGCAAAAGCAAAGACCCUUCAGGUUUACUUAUCUCCGUUAUAAGGACCCUGUCCAGCAGCGAUGACAAGCAGGACAGAGAGACGGAGAAGGGCCGCCUGGAGGAGGCGUUUGAGAAGUGCGACCGGGACCUUGAUGAGCAGAUCGUCCAACACUACGCUGAGCUGACCACCGCCAUCCGGACCUACCAGAGCAUCACAGAGAGAAUCACCAGCUCCCGUAACAAGAUCAAAGGGGUGAAGGAGAACCUGCUGUCCUGUAAGAUGCUGCUCCACUGCAAGAGGGAUGAACUGAGGAAGCUGUGGAUCGAAGGCAUCGAGCAUAAACACGUCCUCAACCUGCUGGACGAGAUCGAGAGUAUCAAGCAGGUCCCACAGAGACUGGAGGCCUGCAUGGCCAGCAAGCACUACCUGCACGCCACCGACAUGCUGGUGUCAGCGGUGGAGUCUCUGGAGGGCCCCCUGCUGCAGGUGGAGGGUCUGGGGGACCUGCGUCUGGAGCUCCACAGUAAGAAGCUCAACAUCCAUGUGGUCCUCAUCGACGAGCUGCACCGGCACCUCUACAUCAAGUCUACCAGCCGCCUGGGGACCAAGAACAAGGACAAGAACCAGGGACGCCACGGGGGCUCUACAACCAAAGACACGUCCCCUCUGCCCCAGCUGGACGUCAGCAGCCUGUCCACCCCUCGCAAGCUGAUGGACUCCUCCCAGUUCAGCACCCCAGGGACCACCAGCAUGCGUGAGCUGCAGGCGCACCACGAGGCCCGCGAGGACCCUGACGUGCACCCGGAGGAGAACACCCAAGAGUUCAUGGGCGUCCUCAUCAAAGGCCUGGCCAAGCUCAAGAAGAUCCCGGAGGCUGUCAAGGCCAUCAUGGAGCGCCUGGAGCCUGAGCUGAAGCAGAUACUGAAGAGAUCCACUACCCAGAUAGCUGAUCACGCCUACCAGAGAGGAGAGAACCUAGCCACAGAGAGCCAGCCCAGGCUGCUGCUGGAACUGCUGGAGCUGCUGUUUGACAAGUUCAACGCGGUGGCUGCGGCCCACAGUGUGGUGCUGGCCCACCUGCAGCAGAUUGUGGUGUCCCCCAACGGAGCCCAGGAGGGCAUCAAGCUCUAUGAGCAAGCCGACGUCUCUGCUAAGAUCCAGACCGUCCUCCAGGUUCUGUUGAUGGACUACCUGGAUGUGAAGAACACUAAAAGUGCUGCCGAGCCCUCUGCCCAGCUCACCUACGCCAGCACUGGCAGCGAGUUCGCAGCCUUCUUCGCCAAGAAGAAACCCCAACGUGCCAAGCAGUCCCUCUUCAAGUUUGAGUCGUCGUCUCACGCCAUCAGCAUGAGUGCCUACCUGAGGGAACAGAGGAGAGAGCUGUACAGCAAGAGUGGAGAACUACAAGGUGGUGCAGAUGAUAACCUGAUCGAAGGAGGAGAGAUGAAGUUUGUGUGUAAACCUGGAGCCAGGAACAUCACAGUGAUCUUCCAGCCUCUCCUCAGGUUCAUCAAUGAGACGGAGCAGAACAUGGGUCCACCGGGCCAGGCCAAGCAGUGCCAGCUCCGGACCUUCCUGACCUACUACAUCAACGACCUGUUCCUGCACCAGGUCAGAACAGAGAUCAACAAGGAGAUCCAGGCCGUCAGCAAGACAGCAGAUCCACUGAAAGUCCUGGCUAGUGCUGAUACUAUGAAGGUCCUGGCGGUGCAGAGGCCCCUGCUGCAGAGCACAGUAGUAGUGGAGAAGUCCAUCCAGGACCUGAUGACUCUGAUGCAGGACCUGAGUGCCUACUCCAACCAGUUCCUGGAGAUGGUCUGUGACAAGCUGAAGGAGUACAAGGAGGUCUGCAACACCUCAUACAGGGGCAUAGUCCAGUGUGAGGAGAAGCUGACCAUCAGUGCGUCGUGGUCUAAGGACGAGGACAUCAGCCGACUGCUCCAGUCUCUGCCCAACUGGGCUAACAUGGCCCAGCCCAGACAGCUCCGACAGAAGAGAGAGGACGAGGAGGACUUCACCAGGAUGGCGUUUGCCAAGGAGUCAGAGGUGCUGACGGGUAACCUGGGUGACAAGCUGAUCCCGCAGAACGAGAUCCUGCGUGACGUGAGCGACCUGAAGACCCUGGCCAACCUGCAGGAGAGCAUGGAGUGGCUGUCCUCCAGACUCAAAGGCUUCUUCAUCAACCUGCCCCACGCUGCCAGUGGGUCUCCAGGCUCGGACCCCCAGGUGACCAAUGAGAGCGUCCGCAGCAGGGACCAGAUCCUCCAGACUCUGACUGACCUGUCCAGGGCCUUCCAGGACAUCGCUGACCGCUGUCUGCUGGUCCUCCACCUGGAGGUCAGAGUGCAUUGUUUCCACUACCUGAUCCCCCUGGCCAAGCAGGGGAACUAUGCCAUAGUGGCCAACGUAGAGAGCAUGGACUACGACCCCUUGGUGGUCAAACUCAACAAGGACAUCAGCGCCAUCGAGGAGGUGAUGGGCGCCGCGCUGCAGCAACACAAGUUCCAGUACAUCUUUGAAGGUCUUGGCCACCUGAUCUCCUGUAUUCUGAUCAAUGGAGCCCAGUACUUUAAGAGGAUCAGUGAGUCUGGCAUCAAGAAGAUGUGUAGGAACAUCUUUGUCCUGCAGCAGAACCUCACCAACAUCACCAUGUCUAGAGAGGCUGACCUGGACUUCGCUAGGCAGUACUAUGAGAUGCUGUACAACGCUGCAGAUGAGCUGCUCAACCUGGUGGUGGACCAGGGCGUUCGCUACACAGAGCUGGAGUACAUCCACGCCCUCAGCCUGCUGCAGAGGAGCCAGACGGGCGUGGGAGACCUGAGCACGCAGAACGUCCGGCUGCAGCGCCUCAAGGAGAUCAUCUGCGAGCAGGCAGCCUUCAAGCAGGCCACCAAGGACAAGAAGAUCACUACUGUUUGAGAGGGGGGACAUUGGGAGGCUGUUGUUGGCAAUGGUCUGUUUGCAUUAGUGUCCAGUGUUUCUCAACCUCCUGUCUGGAAAAGGGUUUAGAUUAAAGCUAGUAUUUUAGAGCUGACCUAGCAGUGUCAGCUAACCAUCUGAGGGACUGGUCAGCACCUCCACAGGGACUGGUGAUACACUGGGUUUGUUAAAGUCCUGAGUCUUCAUUAGAUCCUAUGGCAGACCGUAAUAACCAUGUACUAUGUUUUGGGGGUUGAGAUA